AUGGGACUUCAGAUUCAGGAUAGCAGCCCUGCUGUUAGAGGCCCCUGCGGGAAGGAGAGCCCCGCCGCCUCCUGGCAGCAAGAAGCGGCUUGUCCCAGUGCCCCACCUGGGAGCCCCAUCCCCACAGAGAAUGGCGAAGGGGCCCAGGCGAUGGCAUCGGAACUGGCAUCCAUGGGAGAGAGGCUGGAGAAAGAAAAUCAAGAGUUGAGACUCGCUCUUGGCAAAGCGGAAACCCGGAUGCAAGAAAAGGAAAGGGAACUAUGGAAUUUGCAGGGGCAGCUGGAGUUGAUCCGAGCUGAGCUGGCUCAGUGGAAGAAGCAGCGAGGCGGCCAGACGGAGGGCCUGCUUGGGACAGAAAAGGUGCCCUCUAGUGGCAGCCGUCGUAGCAUAAGCUCUUCCCGCUUGGAGCAGCCGGCUGAGAAACGGGGAGCUCACACCAAAUUGAAAGGCUUUCCCUCACCGAGCUCCCGGGCCCAGAGUACGGAGCGGGGCCGGGAGGAACUACAGGCCCUCAGAACCGAGGUUUUGAUGUUGCGGCGCCGCCUGGAUGCCUCGGAGAGCCAACGCAAAACCCUCCUUGAGGCUUGCUGGCAGCAAGAGAAAAGCCGGGCCUGGGCCCAGAAGAGGCAGUUAGGCCCACUGGUGGGAGCGGCGGGCUGGCAAAAGACAAAGGACUCCCCAGAGAUCCAUGGGGAUUGCCAGGCCCCCAGGAGCAAAGGACAGGCCUUGGCGGGCGGCGGGGAAGUCUCUGUGGCAGAAGAGGUUGAGGAGGAAAGAGGGGCACUUGAACCCGAGGCUGUGGCAGAGCCGGGGAAGGCGCUGGCCUUGGACGUAGAGACGUCUGAAACAGGAGAAGAUGCACCAGCGCCAGCCCCACGGCAGGCCCAUGGGAAGACUGAAGCAGGGGGCCAAGGAGGCAGGACCCCCGACCUGGAGGGGAAUGUGGAAGGUUUGCAGGAGAACCUCUUGGACUUGGCCUCCGGCAAAGCCCAAGCUGAGGCCCAAGCCAUCUUGGCCCAGGAAAAACUCCAGGUCCUGCAGGCCACGCUGGGGAGGCAGACGGAGCGGUUGGCGCGAGCCAUGGAGACCCAGAGCCGCCACGUGGAGGAGCUGCUGGCGGACGCCGAGGAGAAGGAGCAGCUGAUGAGGAGCCUCCGGCAGGAGCUGGAGGAGACCAAGAAAGCCUUGGAAAUGGCGGACGACGAGGGCCAGAGGCUGCGGGCUCUGCUGGGGCAGAGGGAGGCGGAGGGGCACCACCACGCAGAAAGCCCCUCAAACACCUCGGAGGUACGCGGAGGCAGCGAGGCCUCGGAGGUCCCUCUGGUGUCGGCCCAGCUGCAGGGAGGCAUGUUGAGCACUGCGGACGUUGGUCUAGCGGGACGUCUGCCCGAAGAGAAGCAGGUUCAGCCUGGAGUCCAGGAACAGCUGGAGGCCUCUCUUGCCCAGCUUCAGCAGGAAAACCUGGUCCUGCGCAAGGAGCUGGCUACCUGGGAGGCCUGGCACCAGAAAAGAGGAGAGGAGGACACCACUGGCCCCUUUGAACUGGUCGGCUCGGGAAAUGGCAGAGAAGCAGCCGAGAUGGCAGAUGUUCCUGAAGCUUCCCAGAAGAGAGAGCCCUUGUCUCAGGGGAGCCGGCGAAAUGUCCAGACCCAAACUGAAGGACUAGAGUUUGGCCAUCGGCGCAGGGAACGUGUCUCCGUGGCCUUUGAUGACACUCAGUAUGAACCCUACGGGCUCCCUGAGGUGGUCAUGAAAGGCUUUGCUGACAUCCCAUCCGGUCCCUCUUGCCCAUACGUUCUCCGCCGGGGCAUUUUGGGAAGUGCCCCCGUUGCCCAGCUGGCACCGCGAGCAGAACCAGAAGAGGAUUCCCCUGAGGCAGAGGAGGGGACGGGCGUCUGAGAACAGCCUACCAGCACAGGUUAUCCUUCUCUCCGUAUUGUACCACAGGAGUACCUGGCCUUUCCCACCUGCGCCAAUAUUUCUGCACCAGCCACCAAAAGAUGAGUGUCUCUGUGGGAAACCGCUGCUGUGGGCUUCCUUGGUUCCUGACCUGAAAGGAGAUGGGCUAAUGAUCUCUGCCACUGUGCACUAGAGUCUCCUUUUCGGUUCCCUGGCUGCCACGCUUCGUAAGUUUCUGAAAAGAUGAUGUUCCUUACAGGCAUUCUGAGCCGAAGGGGGGAAAGUGUUUUCAGUCUUCAUCCUCCCCCUGCCCCCCACCCUCCCUCUCCUGCAUCCUUCUGAUACCCAGAGGACCAUUUGGAAAUGAGGAAGGAUAUUUGGGGAACAUCCACUGGAAGAGACUAGACGAAAAGGCGGAAUCAUCCCUCCUGGAUUUAUACCACCCCUCGCCCAUCAUUGGAAGAGACCAUCUUUCCACAGUGGCCGUUCCUAUUUGACAGCCAAUCACAGACUCCAUAGCUCCGAGUGAGAAAGCAGUAGCGAAGAGGAUGGAACACAUGCCUGCAGUUGGUUUCCUGCCCUCUACAUUUAUUUAUUUUUACCUGGAAGAGCAGGGGUUGUUGCUGCUUUCCGAUCAGCAAUAAACAGGACAGCCCAGAGACCCUCACCUUGCCAGGAGAAUUGCGCUGUUUAAAAGAGGGUUUUUUUUUGUUUUGCUAUUGGAGCAAUGCAAAUGAUGGAAGAUGUGGCAAAAUCAACACGGAGCAGUGCAGUUCAGAUAACCGCAUGUGAUGGGCUUACACUGCACAUACAUGCUGUGUGGAUGCUGGCAAGCCACGAGUGUUUGUCACUUGCGACGGCCAAUAUAGUGUUUGCCCCCAAAGCCAAGUGCAAAAAAAAGGGUAAGGAUUCUGAAGCUACUCAAUAGGCAAAGAACAAAGCCAUCCUAAGCAGAAUCACUAUACUGUACAUAAAUAUUACACACAAACACAGGUUUCAGAAGGGGAGACAUUUAUAUCUUUGUGGGAGGGUGAGAAUCUACAGCUUUAUUAUUAAUAACAAUUACUGGAUUUCUUACCCACCCUUGUCCAUAAGGUCCCAAGAUAACAAGAUUAAAAUCAGUUAAAAUAAUUUGCGGUGGCAGGGAAAGGGCGGGUAAAUAAUAAUAAUAAACCUUUAUUGUCACUACACCACCUGUGUGCAGUGAAAUUAAACAAGCCCCCCUCCCACAUACACCCAGUCUUGUUCGCACUCUGUGUGCUUGUCGGAAGUCAAUUGCACCACUAUUGCUGCGGAUCCAAAACACGGGGUUGUCUCCAGAGCUAGCCCAACUCAGGAGUAGACUUGCUGAAAUGAAUGGCCAGGGUAAAGAGGCGUGUAUUCAGCAUAUGAUGGAAGCUCUACGCCGAAGGUGUCAUAUGGCAUCUCUGGCAAGAAGGAAUCCUGCAGCUUAGGGGCUGCCACAGAGAAUGCUGGCUGCUCUGUUGCUCUGCCCACCGCCGGUAUCCAACUGCCCAAGGUUGCCCCAGAAGAUCAGGUGGCCUUCAAAAGCCUCCCCUGAUUCAUCAGGCAAUGCCAAGAAUUGAACCUGGGACCUUCUGCAAGCAAAGCAGGUGCUCUACUGCUGAGUGAUGAUAGUUCCUCCUGCUGCUCCUCUACCUUCACUGGGGGCUGCUGGAGACUUGCAUGCCCUUGAGGACAGGCAGAAGCAAGGGGAGCCCAAGGCAUACAUACCCAUCAACUCCCGGACUGAAAAAUCCGGGAUCAGCAGCGGCGCGGCACCGGAAGUCGCUUCUACACAUGUCCAGACAUGCGUAGAAGUGACUUCCGGUGCCGGCGCUGCCCGAUUUUUGAAAAUCCAGGGGAAUUACGGGAUGUUUCGCCAUUCGGGACAACAGCGGGAAACGGCUUUAAAAACGGGGGUUUCCUGCGGAAAACGGGAGACUUGGCAGGUAUGGCCCAAAGCAGGGAGCACACAGACUACCAGCAACCCGCUGACAUGAGUGGACUCUGCCAGUCUUUCGUUCCAUAUUGUGUGUUUCUUUUGGUGUCUAAACUGUGAACCACCUUGGGUGCCUUGGCAGAAAGGCAGUAUCCAAUCAGUUAAUCAAUAAUAAAAUAAACCACACACACCACUCUGUCUUGGAUUCCUCAGUAUGAAAUGGCAGUGGGGGGAGAUAUUUCAGCCUUCCUGAACCAUCCUGACAUUGCAUUU